GUGUUUGCCUUGCACCUUCAGCCCACGCGACCACCAAGAUGGAAGUCCAACACGAGCGUGCCUACCAGAAGCAGCGUCUCAUCUUUGAGAACAAGAAGCGCAUCGGUGCUGCCAAGGUCAAGUCUUCUGAGCUCCGCUUCGUCAAGAACGUCGGUCUCGGUUUCAAGACCCCCCGUGAGGCCCGCGAGCUCGAGUACAUUGACCGCAAGUGCCCCUUCACCGGCGAUGUCAGCAUCCGCGGUCGUGUCCUGAACGGUGUUGUCAAGACCCUGAAGAUGCAGAGGACUUGCGUCGUCCGCAGGGACUACCUCCACUUCAUCCCCAAGUACCGCCGUUUCGAGAAGCGCCACAAGAACCUGUCUGUUCACGUGUCCCCCGCUUUCCGUGAUAUCGCCGUCGGCGAUGCCGUCACAAUUGGCCAGUGCCGUCCUCUCUCUAAGACCGUGCGCUUCAACGUGCUCCGCGUGCACAAGGCCAAGGGUGCCAAGAAGCAGUUCUCCAAGUUCUGAGCUUCUAACUGAAUAAACCCCCCUUUGUCGCGCAGCUGUUUGUUGAUGAUGAUGGUCCCUGUUGGUGUUGCCGCUGUUCCCGCCAAUAUCACACAACAAUGAACCGUUGAUGUGGAA